UUGGUACACUGUUGAUUUAUAUUUACUUGAAAAUAGCUGAGUCCCUAGCGGCCUCCAGAUCGCAGCGGAAGGAUCGGCGGCUUCUGGACCCGCAGGGAGAACAAGUGACAUUGACCCAGCCAGGUGACAUCUCAGGGGACAUGACCAAGAAAAGAAUUGCUGUGAUUGGAGGUGGAGUGAGCGGGCUCACUUCCAUCAAGUGCUGCCUGGAAGAAGGCUUGGAACCUGUCUGCUUCGAAAGGACUGAUGACAUAGGAGGGCUCUGGAGGUUCCAGGAAAAUCCUGAAGAAGGAAGGGCCAGUAUUUACAAAUCAGUGAUCAUCAAUACUUCUAAGGAGAUGAUGUGCUUCAGUGACUAUCCCAUCCCAGAUCAUUACCCUAACUUCAUGCACAACUCCCAGGUCCUGGAGUAUUUCAGGAUGUAUGCCAAAGAAUUUGACCUUCUAAAAUAUAUUCAAUUUAAGACCACUGUGUGCAGUGUAAAGAAGCGGCCUGAUUUUUCUACUUCAGGCAAAUGGGAGGUGGUCACUGAGUCUGAAGGGAAAAAGAAGAUGGAUGUCUUUGAUGGAGUCAUGGUUUGCACUGGCCAUCACACCAAUGCUCACUUACCCUUAGAAAGCUUCCCUGGAAUUGAAAAGUUCAAAGGACAGUACUUUCACAGUCGAGACUAUAAAAACCCAGAGGGAUUCACUGGAAAGAGAGUCAUCAUCAUUGGUAUUGGGAAUUCUGGAGGGGAUCUGGCUGUGGAGAUCAGCCACACAGCCAAGCAGGUUUUCCUCAGCACCAGGAGAGGGGCUUGGAUCCUGAAUCGUGUAGGGGACCGUGGAUAUCCUUUUGAUGUGAUAUUCAAUUCUCGCCUCAAAUAUUUUAUGUCAAAGAUGUGUGGUCAAUCACUUGUAAACACAUAUUUGGAAAGAAAGAUGAACCAAAGAUUUGACCACGAAAUGUUUGGCCUGAAGCCUAAACACAGAGCUCUGAGUCAACAUCCGACAGUAAAUGACGACCUGCCAAAUCGUAUAAUUUCUGGAUUGGUGAAGGUGAAAGGAAACGUGAAAAAAUUCACAGAGACAGGUGCCAUAUUUGAGGAUGGCUCCCACGAGGAUGACAUUGAUGCUGUUAUCUUUGCCACAGGCUAUAGCUUUGCCUUUCCUUUUCUUGAAGAUUCUGUCAAAGUGGUCAAGAAUAAGAUCUCCCUCUAUAAAAAGGUCUUCCCCCCUAACCUGGAAAGGCCAACUCUUGCAAUUAUAGGCUUGAUUCAGCCCUUAGGAGCCAUUAUGCCCAUUUCGGAGCUCCAAGGACGCUGGGCCACUCAAGUAUUUAAAGGGCUAAAGACAUUGCCCUCACAAAGUGAAAUGAUGGCAGAAAUAUCUAAGGCUCAAGAGGAAAUAGAGAAAAGGUAUGUGGAGAGCCAACGCCACACCAUUCAGGGAGAUUACGUAGAUACCAUGGAAGAGCUUGCUGAUUUGGUGGGGGUCAGGCCCAAUCUGCUGUCUCUGGCCUUCACUGACCCCAAGUUGGCGCUACACUUAUUACUGGGACCCUGUACUCCAAUUCAGUAUCGUCUCCAGGGUCCUGGAAAGUGGGAUGGGGCUCGAAAAGCUCUCCUCACCACAGAGGAUCGUAUCAGGAAGCCUAUGAUGACAAGAGCCGUUGAAAAGAGUAAUUCUACCAUGUCAGCAAUGACAAUGGGCAAGUUUAUGCUGGCUGUUGUUUUCUUUGCUGUAAUCAUGGCUUAUUUUUAGCUGUCCCAUUGUCAUUGCCCCAGUUUCUCUUUGGGAAGCAUGGCCUAGAGGUGCCUUCAGAGUCUAACAGGGUUGGAUGACUCUCAGCUUCAUAUUACUCAGAAAUCUACUUUUAUGUUUAUCUCUUCUAAAAGCAUUGAUCCACUUUCCUCUUUUUCCUACAGUCAAAUCCCAGUUUGUCAUUUAUAUUGAUUCAUCACCCUUCCUUUCAUGUUCUAUCACUUUUCCUUUGAAUAAUCCCUAGACUGUGAGCACUGUUUUAGUCAUCUUUGUAUGUCUUUAGAAGAGUUCUUGACAUGUGGCAGUGCUUAAUAAAUGUUUGUUGUUGUUUAUCAAAUACUGUUGUGGAGAACGUAAGUCUGCAUCUAUAUAAGAAAUAACUUACUCCAUGAAAGUCUUCUUUUGAUGAUGGGAUUUCGUUUUCUUAUCAAAUCUCAAUCUUUUUGUUUUUAAUAUUAUAACCAAAUGUAUGUUUCCUAAGAGACAAGAGAAAUAGUGAUCCUACAAUAGUUGAUAAAACAAACAGAUACUUAAGAUAUUUUGUUUCAUUUGCUAGUCACUAAUAUACUUGAUACCUGGUCAUUUUUACUCCUUUUCUCUAAGAAACAUGUUCUCAUUUUCUCAAUAAAGAAACUACCUUCAA